ACAGGAUACUCUAAACCCCCCUCUUCAAUCCUCGGAGUAAUAAUUAUUUCAUUCGUUCAUUUGUUCAUUCAUUCAUUGAUGUUACCCGAGUAUACGACCGCAUCAACUGCUUACUUCAAAGACAAGCCCAUCAUUUGUUCCAUCCAUUCAUUCCAUCAAUCUCAUCUCAUCUCACCUCAUCGGCAGAACCCACCUCAGCUCAAACCAAGCCAACCCAAAGCAGCCAACAAGCAACUCAACUCAACCCAACACAACUCAAACCGAACCAGACAAACCAAACCAACAAACGAAAAACAAUGUACUCGCCAGCCAUUUCACCCAGCCCUCCCCCCUCACACUUCGACUUCGGUACACCACCCCCUUCACCACCACCCAGACUAAACUCCCGAACCUCCUCCAGCACCAGCACCACCUCAAUCAUAGCCUCCACCAUAACCAAAUACUGUCGACCCUCCAGCAGCACCUCCACAACCUCAAAAUGCGGCAAAUACUCCCCGACAUCUAGAUCCAAAUCCAAACACGCCACAAACCCGCAAUCCAUACCCGCAUCCCCGCUCACAGAUAAAUAUUCCACCGCAAAACCAUGGUAUCAUACUACUAUUGGCAAACGAUUGGGGCCUGAAGCACGUGAGUUGUUGGAGAAUUAUAGCCGUAUACCUCCCGGCGAGGUAGAUGCACAUGUUUAUAAGAUGGUAUGUUGGGUUUAUUUGAAUAUUCUAUUUUACAUUUCAUUUUAUAUCUUUCAUUUUUUGUAUCCUUUUUUCCCCUGGAUUUAUAACUAGUGUUUUUUUAUAAAUUAUAAGGUUACUUCCAUUUCUCUUGUUUGGAGAUGUGUUAUAUGCUUCGAGUAUCCGUCCAUCCAUCCAUCCAUCCAUCCAUCCAUCCCAAUACACAAAAUCAAGAUGAACACCAAGUACAUGGAAUCAUGACAUGAUGAAAUCACAAAGUCAUACCAAAGAAUAAUCAAUCAACUAACAUUCUCCCUCCCCAAAGCGCGAUCUCCUCUGGAACCAAACCCCCUACCCCUCCAUCGGAAAUUUUUCCUUCCUAACCCUGCGUCUCCUGACCCACCCACUUUAUCCCCGCAUCGUCCAGAUUCUCUCCGCUCCGUCAACACCUUCGAAUCCAUCGGCUCUUUUUCUCGAUUUGGGUUGUUGUGUUGGUCAAGAGUACGUUUAUUUUUUCUAUUCUUUUUUCUUUAUGUUUUACAGAGAAAGUAAAGUCACCAUCUCUAUCUCUGUCUCUAUAUUCCAUUUUAACUUUUUGCUCUUGUUGUCGUUUUGAUAUUCUUUAUCUCCGUGUUUCUCCUUUCUCUACUUUGUAAUCUUUACUUUCUGCUCCAUUUCCCCGUCUACCAAUUGCCUCCUGUUAUUUCUCACCUAAACCCCGACCCCUCAAUAAUAAAUCAUCAUCCAUCCCCAAAUCCAUACACAUACAUACAAACUUACACACCUACACCCCCAAACUAACCCACCACAGACUCCGCUCCCUCGCCCACCACGCCCGGAUCCCCCCCACCCAACUUUACGGCACAGACUACAACGGCAGUUUCCUCAAAACCUCAUACAAAAUCUUCCUCGACACCCACACCCCCUUCACCCUCCUCCAAGCCAACAUCCUCGACCCCAAUUUCUUCCCCCUAACCUUCCGCAACCACAUCCACCAAUUCUCUAUCAUCCACUGUUCCCUCUUCAUGCACCUCUUCACAUGGGAGCAACAACUCCUCGUAUGUGAGAAUGUGGUUCGUCUACUGCGGAAUGUGGAGGGUGCUUUAUUCGUAGGGUGUAUGGUAGGGAAGGAGGGAGGAGGAGAGGGAGAACAGGGGAGAUGGUUACACGAUGCUGAUAGUUGGGUACGGUUGUGGGGAACCGUGUGGGAACGAUUGGGGAUGUCGGGAAGUUGGAAGGUACAGGGUGAGUUGCGUCGGUUGCCGGGCGGGGAUCUGGUUAAGGAGGGAGAAGCGCCGAUGGAUUCUGGAGGGGAGGGAAUUGGCCUUUUUGAAUUUUCGGUCGAGAGAACCGGCGUCUAGAUACCCGGGCCCUAUGAUUUUUAUCUCUGUAUCUUUUUGCGUUUAAUGAUAUAUGUAUAUAUACAGUAUAUGCACGCAUGAUACUGCCAUCUUAGAAUAAUAUGCGAAACACUUUGGGACAAAAAA